GACCCGCGUUCCCCAGCCGAUCUUUCAUCUCCUUCGUCCUGCGCAUCUCUGUAAUCGAUCAAGCGUCUUUAAUCCCCUAUUAAUCGAUCACCCACGAUCUAGAUGCAAGGCGGUGGAGUCGACUAUAAGAAGACCGGCCGCUCCUCCUCCAUCGUUGAAGUUUGCUCUGCUUCUGGGAGGCCAAAAACGUCCGUCCAAGAAGAAACCCGCAAAAGACUAAAGUCGAUACCUUCUUUAGUGAAGACACGUGGCGCUGUUACAUGAAAGCAAUUUCUUAGGUGGCUGAAAGGAGAAGAGAGUCCCUCUCUUCUUUAUAUAAUAAGAAGAUUAGGACAAUACACAUUUUCUACAGAUAGUUUCUUAAGUGAUAGACAUGUGUAUUGAUUCGAUUAGCCCGGAUCUCUGCUGUUGGUGAUAUUAAUAUACUUAGCAAGAGAGAUCUCGAUUCAAUGUUCAGAAAACAAGUAAGACUCCCAUUUUGCUAUCAAUGGCACUAAACGUGAUCGAGAACGUCCGAGUCAGCCCUGCAAUCAAAUCGUCCGAUGACUCCUUCAGCCUCUCUCUGACUUUCUUCGAGAUCCGCUGGAUAAAGUUCCAUGCUAGUCAGCAAGUCGUCUUCUACAGACUCACCGAGUCAUCAUCAUCACCCCAGUCAUUUCACUCUCACAUCCUCCCAAAGCUCAAGCUCUCGCUCUCCCUUGUCCUCAGCUUCUACCUCCCCCUUACCGGCCGCCUCACGUGGGCCCCACAAGACCCAAAGCCGUGCAUCAUCGUCUCCAAGCACGACACGGUUUCGCUUACCGUCGCAGAGACCGACGCAGACUUCUCCCUUUUAUCCGGCAAAGGACUACGUCGUCCGGCCACCGCCUUUCAUCAUCUGGCACCUGAGCUAACAGUCUCUGACGACUCGGCGACCGUUCUUUCUCUCCAAAUCACGUUGUUCCCGAACCAAGGAUUCUGUAUCUGCAUUGCAUCGCACCACUCCGUCGUUGACGCUACAACAUCAAUAGCGUUUAUGAAAUCUUGGGCGCAUAUUAGCAGAUUGCAAGAACAUGGCAACUCCACGGAGUCUCCCCUUCUUCCAGAGGAUCUAACUCCCAGCUUUGAUCGUACCAUCAUCAAUCUUCCUCCCGGGCUUGAGUCGAAAAUGGUGUCGUAUCUCUCAAAGCAGAGCCAUAACUUUAAAUCCCUGAAGCCGCCUCCCAUCGAUGAGAUAGGCACGGACAUUGUACGUGUCUCUCUCGACUUAACUCUGGAGGACGUCGAGCAGCUCCGGGAACGGGUCAAGAACCAUUCAUCUCGGGAGCUUCAUCUGUCAACCUUUGUCAUCGCCUACGCUUACGCAUGGACGUGUGUGGUGAAAGCGCGUGAAGGCGACGCGAACAGACCGACACUUUUUUGUUAUACAGCAGACUUUAGGUCUCGGUUAGACCCGCCACUUCCCGCCACAUACUUCGGGAGCUUCGUGUUUCCGACAGGUUGGUUCCAUUACGAUGCGAGAACAUUUCUGGAAGAAGAUGGUUUUGUUAGAGCUGUCGAGAUUCUAAGUGAUUCGGUCAAAGGUGUUGGUUCACGAGGGAUAGAGUCAUUCUUUGAGGACUUUGUGGAGGCAAAAAAGAAAUUUAAAACAGGUGUACAGUUCGGAUCUGUAGCCGGGACGACCAGGUUAGGGAUAUACGGGUUAGAUUUUGGAUGGGGCAGACCCGUUAAAGCAGAGGUUGUGCACAUUGACCGCAAUGAAGCCUUCUCUAUGUCAGAAAGGAGGGACGAGUCAGGUGGCGUGGAGAUUGGCGUGUGCUUGAAGAAGAGGGAGGUGAACACUUUUAUUUCUUUAUUUAAAGAUGGCCUAAGACCAUGCCUACACUCAAAAUGGGUACCGAAACUCUAA